GUUGUACACUAGGUUGACAAUAUAACAUUUCUCUAUUUUCAAUUCAUAUAGCCUAAAAUAUAUAAGCAGUCAUAAUGGGUCAAUAUUUAUCAAAAUUUCCAAACACAAGUUAUUAUUAGAUGAGCAAGCCGGUGGUACAUUGGGCUGCAUAAAUUGUACUCAUAGUGAAUCGUUGUAAAGUCUUACAACUGGCCGGAAAAACACAUACAAACCGAAAAUUCGGGCGCGCGACGGUCAACGAAAAUGUGCAGUAGAAAGAGUUUAUCGAUCGCCUUUGCGAUUGCAUACGUGGGCCUUCUCUGCUGUGAUAUCGACGGUGCAAUCGCUACAGUUCCUGAACUAGGAUCCGCGCGUGUAGUCUUUCAGACAGAUUAUGGGGACAUUGAGUUUGGUUUCUAUCCAAGUGUUGCACCAAAGACGGUUGAACACAUUUUCAAACUCGUCCGGUUGGGAUGCUAUAACACGAACCAUUUCUUCCGGGUGGAUAAGGGUUUUGUUGCUCAAGUGGCUGAUGUCGUUGGAGGAAGAACUGCUCCAAUGAAUGAAAUGCAGAAGUUGGAAGCUGAGAAAACUAUUGUUGGUGAAUUUAGUGAAGUUAAACACGUGAGGGGUAUACUUUCCAUGGGAAGGGUGGAGUUGGGUCUUUUAGUGCGUAGAGUGCGUUGGCGGGGGCCUAUGCAGGGUUAUGAAAAUAGUGAUAAUUUCAUUCAUUAUGCCAUAUUUGGAAAAGUUACUAAGGGCGAUGAAACUUUGAGAAAACUCGAGCAAGUUCCUACUCGAACGGAAGGAAUUUUUGUUAUGCCAACUGAACGUAUCACUAUUUUGUCGACAUAUUAUUACGAUACCGAGGCGAAAACUUGUGAAGAAGACAGGUUAAUACUGAAGAGGAGACUUGCUGCAUCUGCUAUUGAAAUUGAAACACAGGAAGAGCCAUCAGGCCACGCCAAACAAGUUGCUGUGAAGUAA